GCUUGGCGCUGGCAUGGGCAGCGACGUCGAGGAGGCAGAGGAGGGACGCGAGGCGGUGCUGGCGGACAUCUUCGCGGCCCUGGACCAGAGGCGCAGGGGCUUCGUCAGCCGCACGGAGCUGGCGCACAUCCUGGACGCGAUGCAGGCCGAUGCGGGCGCGAAGUUCUCGGUCCCGGAGGCCACGUUGGCCCGCGGCACCUCGAAGGACUCCCGCGUCACGCUGUCCGACCUGCGCAGGAUCCUGUCCGAGCUGGCCUUAGCGGACCUGGAGGACGUCAAGUGGUUCGCCGAGAGUGUGGUGAAGGUCGAGGCCGAGCUGCGCGGGGUGUGGCGCGACGCCGUGCGGCAGUGGCGCGGACGCGUGGAGCGGCUGUACGCCCGGAACCUCCACAGGUACCUCCUGCCGUGGCAGCCGGAGCGCAUCUCUCGCUGGCUGAUGCUCCGCACGUCCGUGGGCGAGGCUGGCGAGGGCGGGGCCUCCUCGGGGCUGCCGGGCCUGGGCAUCAGCCAGCAAGAGGACAUCGGCCGCUGCAUCGAAGAGGUCGAGCCCUUCCUGUCCGCGCUCGACCUGCGGGGCCAGCUCGCGGAGGUGGACGCCAAGGUCACGGAGCUGCUCACGAGGCUGGCCGAUCUCGCCGAGCGCUGCCGCGAGCUCGCCUGCCUGCUCAUCCACGAGGACACGCUCAGCUUUGUCACCGCGCUGGUGCGGACUUGCGCAUUCUCGCAAACCGCGGUGGGCGAGGCCUCGAAGCUCAUAGUGUCGCUCAUCAACUACAGGGUGCACGAGGGCACGCGGGACUACGAGAGCCUCUGCCGUCAGCGCGCCGCAGAAUUUUUGGAGAUCGGCUUCGAGCCCGGCCCGAACUUCUGCCUGGAGGCGGACACGGUGGCCGAGUGGGUCGGCAGCCUGCUGACGCUCCGCGCAGACUUCGACCGCGGCGAGAUGCUCGACGUGCUGAUCAAGUACGACGAGCAGCGGCUGCUGCUCGAGGGCGACGGCGGCGACCGCCCCGACGAGAGCGGGCCGGUCGCCGCGUCGCUCUUCUCGUUCGGCCGCACGGUGCCGUACCUGCUCAGCCGCCUGGACGUGUCCUCGCACCACUCGCUCCACGAGCACAGGACGCCGAUGCGCACUCACGUCUGGAAGUUCCUGCUCAACGUGCUCUCCAGUGCCGGCGAGCGGGGCCGGGGCCUGUUCCGGGCGGGCGAGGGCAUGCGGGUCAUCUGCGACGUCAUCCGUGGCGGCGCCUGGGGCACGGAGCGCGAGGAGGUCACGGCCGAGCCUCGCUUCUACACCAUGGACUUCCUGGACGACAAGUUCUAUGGCUCGAAGGACCGCAUGCUCGCGGCGGCCUUCCUGGAGUACAUGGCCUCGGAGACCAUGUGGGGUGAGGCUGCGCUCGUGGAAGAGAUGAUGCAGUGCCCCAACACCCUCCAGGUCCUGUGCAGGGUCCGGCCUCCCGGCUGCUUCCUCGUGCGGCUGCUGCUCAGCGCCCCGAGCUUCCCGGCCUACCUGCAGGCCACCGCGCAGCAGAUCGCCGAGGCUUACGUGGAGCGCUCCCUGAGCCAGCUGUGCCUGCCCGACGCGACGUCUCGCUCGCUCUUCCCGGUCUGCUUCGAGCCGUAUGGCCCCGGCGGUGCGGCCCGGAGCGCCGCGCUGUGCGCGUUCAGGCGGGAGGUGGUGGCGGUCGAGGCCAAGAACGUCGUCCUCAGGAUCCUCGCCUUCGCGUACCACAGCCUCCAGGCCUGCCUGCAGGAGGAGCGCUCGAUGCGCGAGGGCGACCCUGCGCAGCGCACGGAGCCAGGGGACGAGGCGUCGCAGCUCGAGGAGGAGAUCACGGGGUGCUGCCAGCUGAUCGCCUCCCGGCUGCCCCUGCCGCUGGAGGAGGCGGGCGGCCUCUGCGUGGCCAUUCACGCGCAGGCGCAGGAGUUCACCCGCAGGGCCCUGCUGGCCGUCAACCAGCUGCCACCCGUCAACCCCGACGAGCGCCAGCGUGCGAGGGGCCUCGAGGUGGCCAAGACGGUGCCCCCCCGUCCGAUGUACUUCUCGGAGGAGGGCCAGCUGAGCAGCACAUGCCCGACCUAA